AUGAAAGCAGCGCCACUCAGGCCUUCCAAGUGCACGUACGGUGUCCAGCAAGACGAAACGAAGAAAAAUGAGCUGAGGCACGAGAGAUCUACUUUCAGACAAGUAACUUUCCAUCGAGUAGCAGCUGCUUCUGUUGGUGGCACAACGCUGGUGGUGGUUGUGGAAGCAUUCGGCUCUACUUUACCUUCAUCGCUUCUUACCAAUGUUCUUGGGUCAGCCUUGCUGGCGUCCAUGCUGCAAAAUGCUGGCCUUGGUCAGGUCAGUGUGGUUCAAACUGGUGCUCAAGAGGAAUCAUCUUCGUCCAACCUUGGUGCUAUACUUGGGGGAGCCAUUGGCGGAGUAGGAGUUCUUGGUGUCAUGGUCGGAGCAGCAGUCAAAUACAAAAUGAGCUCGGGUGGUGCUAAUAUCACACGACAACGAGCGCGCUUCUCCUUCCGAAAAAAACGCUCUCCAUGGGACACGAGCGUAGACGGCACGUCUGGGAAGACACGCAGACAGCCGUCUAUGAAAUGGGCAAGGCCGGCUAGUGAUCUUUUCAUGAAACCCAACGCGGUGGCCACAGCAGCUGAUCUAGAAGCUGUCGAGAUGGGCCAAUCAGGACAAGUCAAGGAAAGCAGUCUAGUCGCAGACACAGCAGCAGAACCGAGGUAUGCCGGUGACGCUGCGCCUAACACGGCCGCGGAGGCUGCUGCACCUGUCUAUGAGACUGCAAGCGAUGACACUACUGCUCCUGGAAGACAACACCAAACGUCGGUGUCUUUCGUCAACAAGCCUGCAGCCCUGAACCUGUAGAACACACUAGGAAGUAGCAGCAGCAGCACUAGCAAUAGCAAUAGCAGCAGUGACUAGCCGUGAAAGUUUACUAGGUCUACUUUGAAAACCUUGAACGUUUAGGCGCCCCUAUGCAUGGACUGCUUCUUGAGCAGGCCGUAUUGACUUGUAUUCACACAUGCAUGUAUGUGUGUGUGUGUGUGUGUUUCAUAGCUGGCACACACACACACACACACACACACACACACACACACACACACACACACACACACACCUAGUGACCAGGUGUGCUGUGCAUGCAACACAGGGACAACAGUAUAGGCACACAAAGAAUUCUUUCUCUCGAUGUCCAGAUACAGUUGUAGAUGUGUAGAGAAUUUCAUCCCAUGGCUAUCUUGACACGGCAUUCUAGCUACUUACUGUAGAGUGUAGUGUGUGUACGUCGUUAUCUAGUCUCCAGUACAUUCUGUUUAGGACACAUACUACCUCCCCCCCCCCCCCCCCCCCCCGUACAUGUCCCACUUACUGUAUACAUUCAGAUGCUGUUUUCAUUUCCCCUCUUUUCUCUUUUCUGUGAAUGCUAUGUUCAUGCAUGCUUUAUGCUCUUGCUACAUAAAGACGAGUGUCACUUUUA